CAGCAUAUAGCCGCCAUUUUUAUUAUUGUAUUUCUUUGUUCAUAUUUUCUUGCAAAAUAUCCAUCUUCACCCGGCGUUUCAAAAUGUCGCGCCGAAAGCAGGACAAACCACAGCAAGUCAAAAGAGCAUUAACAGCAGAUGAAGAAGAGUCUGCUGGAAUAUUCACAUCACCAGAAGCCUUGGAUGACGAUGAAGAAGAAGACGAUGACAUUCAGAAUCCAAUGAAACUGCCAAAAUUAGACACACUUAAAUGUGGAGAGUGCCAAAUGAACUUUGCUCUAGCUGACAUUGUGAGUUUCAUAGAGCACAAAAAACAAGGCUGCAAAGUUGCAGGCCUCGAAAUUAUGGGUGAAGAUGGACCACCUGACCAAGAUGAAGCCAUAGUCUUGCGCUCAGAAAAACCAAGGAUUACAACCCCAAUCAAAAACAGGACACCAAGUAUUAGCAAUUUCAACAGGGAAACGAAUACAACAACAACUUCUAAACACCAGGAUCAAAGUUCACCUGAAUCAGUAGAUACAGAGAACGAAACUACUUCACCAGAACCCAGUAAAUAUGUGUGUACACAAUGCAAGCAACACUUCAGAAGUGCAUGGUUUGUCCUACAGCAUGCCCAGCAUAUCCAUGGUAUGAAAAUAUACUUGGAUAAUAAUAUGGAUAUCUCCAAAGAGUCUCCUCCAAUUCUUCAACUAGAGCAACCACCACCACUUCGGCAACAAGUUCCUGUACAACUUCCACAGCAACGUCCAUCUCCUACUCCGCCGCCACCACCACCACCAUUACCACCAUCACCUCCUCCUCUUUUACAGCAACGCUCGCCAAGUCCAAGCCUACCUAUUGAAAACAAACCGCUGCCAUUAACCAUUGAAACUAAUCCAAUGUGUCUGCCUGUGCCCACUCCUAUUGAAAACAACCCAUUUGCAGUUUUCUUGCGACCACCAAUGAGUGAGCCUACAAUGGUCAAUAGCCAUGAGUCAGUUAUAUUUCAUGCACAUCAUCAUCAUCCAAGUCCUGAAAUGUUCAGAGAUGCAAUGCAGAUGGAAAGAAUUAGAAUGGAAAGGCCAUUAGGAAGGAUAGGGGACCAUCUUGGAAUGCCACCAGAUGGGUAUGAUAGACGACCGGUUACUCCACCACCUCCUCCUCCUCCUCCACCACCUCCAACAACAACAACAACGUCAUCACAUAAUGCAAAUACUGGGGGUGAACCUUCACUGGAUUUCUAUUCUCAAAGGCUGCGACAAUUGGCUGGCACCAAUAGCCCAACAAGCCCACCUUUGUCCCCUUCUAAAAGAAAACCAGGCAUGCAUCAUAGGCUGUUCAACUUUGCUCCGAUGAAGUCAGCACCUACUUCUAACAAAUCUAAAUCAUGUGAGUUUUGUGGCAAAGUCUUCAAGUUUCAGAGCAACUUGAUUGUCCACAGACGUUCUCACACUGGGGAGAAACCUUAUAAGUGCCAACUUUGUGACCAUGCAUGCUCACAAGCCAGUAAACUCAAGAGACACAUGAAAACACAUUUCAAUAAGAACAGCCCACGUUCAGUGUCUUCAUCUGUUGUAUUAUCAUCAUCGGAGGAAAAUGACAGGCCGUCAAGAGUCGAUGUACCUAGCGCCAGCUCAGUACUCAAGUCUGUAGUUAAUCAGUACAUCAAUGACAACAAACAAGCCUGUGGAUCUGGCCACGUCACAGCUGAGGAGGAGGAACUAGAAGAACUGACCGAUAACUCGGGAGCAAUAGAUCUUUCAGGAGCAGGAUCAAGUCGUAGAGAUUCUUGCAACGAUGAUAGUAGUGAAAGAAGCAAUGGCGACAGCACUGGGAACCAUGUUGGUAAUCACAGCCUUCUAAGUGAAGUGAUGCAGAACAGUGGUUUAAAUGAAAUUCAGGCAUAUAAUGAAGCUUAUCAACAAGCUAUUGCUGAAAGCUCGAGAUCUAAAGAUGGUGAUAAAGAUGAUUCUAUGUCUAAAGCUGACUCUGAAAAUGAGGACACUGAAACCGAGACUGAUAUGUCCAGAGUUGAUGAUGCAACUCCUGAAAGAUGUGAAUCCGAGUCUAGUGGGAUAAAAGCUAACAUUAAUCAGUUAUACUCAUCUGAGAAUACAAAUGGCAACAUUGAAGAGCCAAUAAAGAAGAGAAUUAAGUUGGAGCCUUCUUCUCCUCUACCGCCUCCAAGGCCUCCGUCAGGAUUAGAUGGCUUAUAUUCACACUGGAUGCCAGAAGCAUCAACUGGAUCAACAAAAGAUCUAUUCGCGAAUUCCCCAGCAACAUCAGAAAGUUCUACUGCCAAUGGUGGUUCAGUUGUUUUUUCCAGCACUAAGCUGGAGUCUGAGAUAGAUAGCCCAGUAAAGUCUGACACGUCAAGCAGGUCGAAGUCUCCAAAAGGAGGGGGGGAUAAAAAAAGUGACACCUGUGAGUUUUGUGGUAAAAUCUUUAAGAACUGUAGCAACUUAACAGUGCAUAGACGUAGUCACACAGGCGAAAAGCCAUACAAGUGUGAAUUAUGCAGCUAUGCAUGUGCACAGAGUAGCAAGCUUACUCGCCAUAUGAAGACUCAUGGCAAAGGUGCUAAAGAGGUGUUCAGAUGCGAGGUGUGUAGUAUGCCAUUCUCUGUUUAUAGCACCCUUGAGAAACACAUGAAAAAAUGGCACUGGGGAGGUGGGCCCAAACCUAAUGCAAACAGUACCAACACAACAGCUAACAUCACAUAA